GAGUUCGGGUCGGCUUGUGUGGGAGGCGCUUGCUGGCGACGGGGCGGGGCUUCAUGUCAUCACGGGGUCGAGAUGGCGGGGCGGAGGAGGAGGUGCUUCACCGACCCAAAACAAUAAUAACGACGACGACGACACCCAGAAGCCCCCGCGCUCGUUGGUGACUCCUCCUUCUCCGGGGUCGCUACUUUGCUGCUGAGUGGCCUGUGGAAGAAGCAGCGGCUGGGAGGAAAAAGUUUGUCACCGUCGUCGCCAUGAAACUCCGAGUACGGCUGCAGAAGCGGACGGCUCGGCUUGAGCUGGCGGAGGCGGAGCCAACCCUGGAAGAUCUGCGCGCACGCCUUUGUCAGACCCUGUUGCCCUCUUGGGGUUAUAGUUCUGAUACCCAGUUUGCAAUAACCUUGAACAACAAAGACUCCCUGACUGGGAACCAGGAAUCUCUAGCAUCAUUUGGAAUUGUUUCAGGAGACUUGAUAUGCUUGAGGCUGGAAGAUGCUAAUGCAGCACCUACUUUACCUCCACCCCCUUCCUCCACUUCAGCUGUAUGUCACAACCAAUCUAGUAGCACAGAAAAUGAAACACACAAUGGGCACGUAGAAGACCAUCAGGUUCAAGAUGAAGAUCAAAUAGAUAACAAUACGGCAGGAUCCAGCCAAGAAUUUGCUUCAGAGAUGGUUUCAGAUGUUCCUGAUCUCCAAGAAUCUGAGGGUUCUUAUCCUUUGGAGCCGAUGCUGUGUUCUGAAGCUACAGAUGGGCAAGUGCCGCACUCUCUUGAGACCCUCUACCAUUCUGCAGAGUGUGUCAGUGCCAAUGAUGCCUUGAUAGUUCUGAUUCAUCUUCUCAUGAUGGAGGCGGGCUAUGUGCCUCAAGGGACAGAAGCAAAAUCAGUGUCCAUGCCUGAGAAGUGGAGAAAUGGUGGCGUUUAUAAGUUACAGUAUAGUCACCAUCUCUGUGAAGAUGGCUCUGCUGCCCUGACUUGCGUGCCUUUGGGGGACUUUAUUGUUGUCAAUGUGAUGUUAAAAAUCAGUGGUGACAUUAAAAGCGUGAAGAGACUGCAGCUUCUGCCAACAUCCUUUGUUUGUUUUCAAGACUCAGCAAACAUCACUGGAAUAUAUAAAGAUCUUCAGAAAUUAUCUCGUCUUUUUAAAGAUCAGCUGGUGUACCCUCUUUUGGCAGCUGCUCGUCAAGCUUUGAAUUUACCAGAUGUGUUUGGCUUGGUGGUCCUUCCACUGGAACUGAAGCUUCGAAUUUUAAGACUCCUGGAUGUCCGCUCGCUCAUCUCUUUGUCUGCUGUUUGCCGUGACCUCUACAAAGCCGCAAAUGACCAGCUGUUGUGGAGAUUUGUAUACCUGCGAGAUUUCAGAGAUCCUGUUUCCAGGCCACGAGACACAGACUGGAAGGAAUUAUACAAGAAGAAAUUGAAGCAGAAGAAGGAGGCCCUGAGGUGGAGGCAUAUGAUGUUUCUGCCCCCUCCUCCUCAUCAUCCGAUCCCAUUUCAUCCCAACCCACUUUACCCUAACCCUUUCCCUCCUAAUCCUCUUUACCCUCCCAUGAUAAUUGGUGGUGAAUAUGAUGAUAUGCCAACCCUUCCAUUUCUUGGCGACCCAAUCAACUCACUCAUUCCUGGCCCAGAGGAGAUACCAAGUCUGUUCCCUCCACUACAGCCACAUUUUGAUCCAUCGGGCUUUGUUCCAGGUCCAGGUUUCGCACUCCCUGGGAGAGCUGGUUGCAGUGACAGAUUCCCUCCUAGGUCUGGCCGAGGCCGCACAGUUGAUGGUCGCCGUCCAUUCAUAUGACUCUUAACCACCAGUAGUUUUAAACCUCCUGUCCCUAGGCUUGCAUUUUGAACUAUAGGAUGUUCAGCUCUGGGGCUUCCCGGUGUCUCUCUUCUAAUUAGGUCAAUGCAUAGUUAUUAUAUCAUCUUGACUCCAGGGACUGGGUUGAAUAACUUGGUGCAAAUAACUAGUGCUGCUUUCCUCAGAACUGAAGAUCCUUUCAGAAAGAACUCUGUGGGGACACUGUGUUCCUUUUUGUUACCAUCUGUGAAUUGCUUCUUAGAGAACAAAACCUGGUUGGCCUUUGCUGCCUCAGAUAAACAGCAGUUUAAGCACAAACAUUCUGUUAGUCUGGACUGCCUUAUUCCCCGAAAUGUCUCAAUUAAAUGCCUGCAAUUGCUGUUUUUUUCUUCCAUAA